AGAGGGCUCAUUGAGGCUAUAAAUUGGUGGCCAUUCAAUCGAGACAACAAGUGUUAAUACGCUUUUUCAGUGGAGACAUGCGGUCGCUGUUUUCUGAUCUUUGGGUGAUCUUUUCAGUGUUAAUGCUAGCCGUGCCUCUCGCGUUAGGCAGAGCACAGCACCAACUGAAACAUGACACUACGGACGCAUUUAAGACAUUCCUCGCCUUUCCUCACGCCGUAGCCGCCUUUGACGCCGACGAUGAUGGAGAUCUCGACUGUAUGUUCGUUGUAAGGCGAUAUGUUGAUGAAGAAAGCAAGACUGCUAGCUAUAUGUGGGUGCUGCCAUCAGUGAAUGGAAUCCCAGCAGAGAACCACACCUACUACUGGAGAGAAGGAUUGACACCUGACAAACCUGUCUUCACGGUGGAUGACGGUGCCAGUGGUGAGCAAACGGCGCACUUCAUUUACACUAAUUAUGAGAAUUGCGCCGUAGCGGACAUUCCGUUCAAGAACAAACCAAACUGUGGUCUAUGGGUAAUAAAAGACGCCCUGCACAGCAUCCCACAAGAAUGCGAGGACCAUUUCGAGGACAACUGUGACAUGACCGUCCCGGUCUAUGACGAGGAAACGUGCAAAGGUGUCUUGGACGGGAUCUAGCCUCCUCAUCGUGUGCCUUCAUUGUCUUGAGCGCAAAGUCGGUAAAAACGAACA